AUGUCUUCGCAGGACGCCGCUGUCAGGCACCAGGCCGUCGUGCCAGACAAGGUCCCCACUGGAGAGUACCCGCUCAUCGACAACGACCCGUAUGCCUCGCAGCCCUCGCAGCCCUCGCAGCCCUCGCAGCCCUCGCAGCCCUCACACCUCUCGCGCGUCCUGCGCUAUGCCCGCCCGUCCGACUGGCUCACGGGCGCCGCCGUCGGUGCCAUCAGCCCCGGGCUGAUGCUGUACUGGGAGCGCGUCUCGCCCUCGUUUGUCGGCAAGGGCGGCUUCGCCCCCGUCAUGCGCCUGAGCGGCGCCGUCGGUGUUGCUGGCGCCGUCAUCUUCGCGUACUCGCGCUCCGCAUCCCGCUUCUACGGCGCCCGCGAGAACCGCCGCGAGGUCGACAAGGACAUGCGCGAGAUGGUCGACAAGGUCAAGCGCGGCGAGCCGCUGUACGGCACCACCGAGAUGACCGAGUACAUGCAGGGCGUCGCCCACCGCAACUCGCGCUACGCCGCCUCAUUCGCGCACGUCCUGCCGUGGCCCAACCUGGUCAACCACCCCUACCACGGCGUCGACACGGCCAAGUACUACCGCCAGGCCGAGCUGGAGCUGGAGCAGGAGAAGACGGCCAGGCGCUAG